AUGCAGUCUCACUCACCAUCCAAUUCGUCUUCGCUUAGCCUCCUCUCCUCCAAACUCUUCGAUGAUCACUAUGGAGAUGUUUCACGUAUCGAAGAGCUAAAGCGCUCGUACCACCGAGCCAGAGCAAUUGGCCAACUCCAUCGUUUGACCAUCGAGGAUGUCCUUUAUUUGGCCCCUAAAUUCUGCGCAGUGCACAAAGACAGCAUCAUUGCUCGAGACCCCAUCGCUCAUAUCUUGGUGACUAUCCAACUCAACCUGGUGGUCGGGACAAUGGCGCCUUUUGCCAUCAAGAGACCCGACCUUCAUCCACUGAUGGAAAGCAUCUUAAAUUUUGAUAUAUCUACACCGUUCAUGCUUACUGAAGUCGGCCAUGGCUGUGAUGCGAGGAACCUAAAGACCACGGCAACCCUGCAGCAUGAUGGCAGCUUUAUCCUUCAUACGCCUACACCUGAGGCGGUAAAGUUCAUGCCGCCAUCCAUGCCAAUUGAUGGGAUUCGGCGAGUAGCCAUUGUCUGGGCCCGACUAAUAGUUGACGAGGAGGACCGCGGCAUUCGAGCAUUUAUCGUGCCGGUAAAUAAUGGAAAGGAAAUGAAUAAGGGUGUUCAUUCGUGGCUUCUCCCCCAAAUAACAGGAGGCAGGAUGCUCGACCAUGGUCUAACCUCUUUUGACAACGUUCAUCUACCUGCUAAUGCAAUGCUGGGUGAACUCGCGAUGCCCGCCGACAUGCGCACCCAAUUUCUAUCAGCCAUACACCGGGUGGGCAUCGGAGCCCUUGCUUUGAGCCUGGCCAUCAUUCCCUUUUUGAAGUGUGCCACAUAUUGCGUCGGUCGAUACAGCCAACGCCGGACUGUCCAAGCCGGUGUGCGUGGGGAACGCAUCCCUAUUAUCUCCUUCCGAACACAGCAGCUCCCAAUUUUGCACUCGCUUGCACAGAUUGCUGUCAUGGAGGCGUUCGCCGACUGGAUUACAAAUCGCUAUAGCACGGAUAGUGCACUACACCCUGGGGCAAAACAUGGUCUGGGGGUUAUCCUCAAGGCCACUUUUCUACAAAAUGGGCAGUGGAGUCUAGCAAAUCUUGUUGAGCGGAGCGGCGCUCAAGGAUUGUACCCCCAUAACCAAAUGGUCUCGUUUGAGACCUUGACUCGUGGUAUUGGUAUUGCAGAGGGAGAAAUUUUGGUUCUCUCAAUUCGCCUCGCCACCGAGCUUCUUGUUGGUCAAUACGCCAUCCCCGAACCCACAAAGCCAAACUGUCCACUUGCACAACAUGAGACAGGCAUUAUUUGCGAGCUCAGAGACAGAUUGAAACAGAUCGGCACCCAUCGUAGUGACGAGUACGGUAAUCAAGUUCUGCCCCGUCUUCGGUCUAUGGUCAUAGCAAUCGGACAGCGCAUGGCCUAUGAGGCCGCAGUUGAUGCGCAUGUUGAUCCGGAUUUACUGGCCCUAUACGAGGCGGGAGUCAUGAAAUCGGAUGCUGCCUGGUACUCAGAGCAUCUCGGAAUCAACAGAGAUGCCCAGUUUCAGCUGGAGUGCAACGCGCUGGAUGCGGUUCUGCGCCGUUUGGACGAGCAUCUUGAUAAUCUAGAGAUUGAGCCAUACUGCACUGCUCCAAUGCUGUCUCCUGACCGAUGGAUGCAGAUUAUCAAGGCGGCCCCGGAGUUUACUGGGAAUGUUGAGAUGGGUUUUCCGGGUGCUCAGGAGCUGCAAUCUAAGCUUUAG